UCUAUAUAAGGAGGAGAACAAGAGAGCAGGUGGCAUGAAUCCUUUGGGGUCUUGCUAUCUGCUUCCUCGUAGUACUUCAUUGAGAGAGACAUGGACACUGUACUAAGUACUACGCUGCUACUCAUGUUGGCAUGCUCCAUCGUGCAUGUUCUUCGUUCACUACAAGCAAGAAUGAGAAGAAAAUCAAACUACAAUCUUCCACCAGGACCCUCUCUUCUCACCAUCAUUAGAAACUCUAAACAACUCUAUAAAAAGCCACAGCAGACAAUGGCCAAGCUUGCCAAAACCUAUGGCCCCAUAAUGCGUUUCACCAUAGGCCAAUCAACCACCAUAGUAAUCUCCUCAAUAGAAGCCACCCAAGAGGUUCUCCAAACCCAUGACUCAUUAUUCUCGGACAGAACAAACCCCGACAUCACAACCUCGUACAACCACAACCGUUACAGCUUGGUUUUUCUCCCUGUCUCACCCCUCUGGCAAGAACUAAGAAAAAUCUGCCACGGAAACUUGUUUUCGGCAAAGACCCUUGACGCAAGCACGGACCUUAGGCGCAUGAAAAUGAAGGAGCUUCUUACCGAUAUCCGCCAAAGAAGCCUCAACGGCGAAGUGGUGGACAUUGGAAGAGCAGCCUUCAUGGCAUGCAUUAACUUUUUAUCGUACACGUUUCUCUCUCUGGAUUUUGUUCCCUCUGUAGGUGAUGGCGAGUACAAACACAUAGUGGGGACUCUGUUGAAAGCAACGGGGACACCGAACUUGGUGGAUUAUUUUCCAGUGUUGAGGGUGUUUGAUCCACAAGGGAUCAGGAGGCACACCACCAACUACAUUGACAAGUUGUUCGAUGUGUUCGAUCCCAUGAUUGAUGAACGCAUGAGGAGGAGGGGAGAGAAGGGUUAUGCCACUAGCCAUGACAUGUUGGAUAUCUUGCUGGAUAUUUCUGACCAGAGUAGCGAGAAGAUUCAUAGGAAGCAGAUCAAGCAUUUGUUCCUUGACCUAUUCGUUGCGGGGACGGAUACAACAGCCUACGGCUUAGAGAGAACAAUGACGGAACUAAUGCACAAUCCAGAAGCCAUGAGAAAAGCGAAGAAGGAGAUAGCAGAAACAAUAGGAGUAGGAAAACCGGUGGAGGAAUCCGACGUGGCAAGGCUGCCAUACCUGCAAUCAGUGAUAAAAGAAUCUCUGCGAAUGCACCCACCAGCACCACUGCUACUGCCACGAAGGGCCAAAACGGACGUGCAAGUCUGCGGCUACACGGUCCCACAGGGGACACAGAUCCUCAUCAACGAGUGGGCCAUAGGAAGGAACCCGGCCAUAUGGGAAGACGCACAUAGGUUCUCGCCAGAAAGAUUCUUGGACUCUGACAUAGACGUCAAGGGUCGCCACUUCAAGCUCACGCCGUUCGGGAGCGGAAGACGAAUUUGCCCUGGCUCCCCCCUCGCCGUUAGGAUGCUGCACAACAUGCUCGGUUCCUUGAUCAACAACUUUGACUGGAAGCUUGAGAACAACAUUGACCCCAUCGACAUGGACUUGGAUCAGUCCCUCAGGGCUAUCCCUGUUCUCGUAAAUGCCAACUAAUUCAACAUCAUCUGUAUGUUGGCAUGCCAUCCCAUGUACCUUUUUCUCAGAAACAGCAAACAGAAGCUUGAUUCUUUGGUUUGAAUGUUUCUCGUAUGUGCUAGCUUUGAUCCAGCUUGUUUCUUCCAGCCUGGGUUUAGGAUAAAUAAAUAACCAGGCUUUGAGUAACAUGAUGAUCAUUUAUUAUGUUUAUUAAUUGUUGCAGAAGAUAGGAGUCGUCUGAGUGUAGCUUUAAUCUAGCUAGUUUGAUUUGGCUUGUAGUGCCUCUUUGUGUUAGCCUUUGUAUGGGAUGUAAAACAGUGUCCUCUUGAAGGAAAGAAAAAAAAUAGUUGUUCUCUAUUGUUUCUA